AUGCUGCCUCAGAGCUUAGACAAGCGCCUAUGCUUCGCCUAUUUCAGUUCCAUAGCCGCAUCAUCUUCCUCCGCUCCGUCCCAUCGGCGCCUGCGCCUCCUGCCCUACCGGAGCCAUGCCACGCCCACCAGCUUCUCGGCGAAAUGCGCCGCCGGUUCUCGGCACGGCCCUGCUGCGCAGCAAGACGGCGCAGCGCCGGAAUAUCGCCCCCCUCCAAAGGAAAUCCUGGAAAUCAUGGAUGUGCCACCGAAUCCAAGUUACUAUGUCUCCCCUCGCCGAGAUAGGAUCAUGUUCCUGAAACGUAGAGCUAUGCCUCCAUUGUCCGAGCUUGCAAAGCCUGAUAAAAUACUCGCUGGUAUUCGGAUCGAUCCCAGUUCUAACGCGAGGAGUCGAAUGUCCUUUUAUACUGGGAUUAGUGUCCAUCUGCUGAUGGAUGAUGGAAGUUUGGGUCCAGAGAAAGUGGUCCAUGGGUACCCAGAUGGUGCAAAGAUUAAUUUCAUAACAUGGUCACCAGAUGGUCAGCACAUGGCCUUCAGUGUGCACUAUGGAGAUGAGGUGAUUAGCUGAUGCUCUAGAUUAUGAAAUGGGAGCACCGUUUCCCAGGUUAAUGGGUUGCUGAUUCUUUCAUCUAGUUGAUGCCUUUCAUGACUCGAGUAGGUGAGCAAAGGUAGCAAUUUGGCAUUGUGGGUCGCCGAUGCUGAAUGUGGACAAGCUCGUCCACUUUUCAAAUCAACAGACAUAAGACUGAAUGCUAUUUU